AUGAAGUGCGGCGAUUUUGCACUCGCACAGGCGUUAUACGGCGAAGCGCUGGAUGCCGCGCGAGAAGAGGAUGCGCAUCUUCGAGCGGUGGUGUUUUGUAAUCGCGCGUUGGCGUUUCACAAGAUGAACGAAUACGAUGCCGCGUUGUGCGACGCCAAGUGCGCGGAAGAGCUCGCGCCGACUUGGAGUAAACCCAAGCAUAGACUCGCUGAGGCGUGUUUACGCCUGGGGUCGUACACUCUCGCCGUCACAUACGCGCGUCUGGGCGAAAAACUCCAGUUCGAGGAGGGCGAUUUCAGCAAAUCGUUUCGCGACGUGCUGGACGAAAUCGCGAUUUGCGCCGCGGAGGACGGGUCCGUCGCCGGGUUUGACGGCAAAUUAAUUUACGUCCGAAGCGCGGGCGAAGACGCAUGGCUCGGACGAGAGGCUCCUUUGAACGCGGCUUUCGAUGAGCUAGAAGGCGAAGUCGCGGAUCCUAUGUUUGGUGGCGGCUCGGCGAAGGACGCGAAUUCGAUGAAACCCGUGCACGCGAGGUCACUUCCGGAGGCAAUUUCUAAAGCAAACGACGGUGACCGCAUACUCUUACUGCGUGGCGUUCACAACGGGCUCGGAACCGUGGUUGAGAUUGACAAGCGCGUGCUCAUACGAGGCGAAGGCGCGCUUCGAGACACGACGUGCGAUUGCCGAAACAACGCGGCGUUAUUUCGCAUCAAGCGUCCGUGCGUGAUUCAAAAUCUCGACAUCGAUUUCACAGGGUUUAGCGAGGCGAUUCGCAUCAAGGGAGAUUCGCGCGUGAACGCGUUGAUCGAGAAUUGCGUGAUCAGAUCGAGCGGCGGCGACUGCGUUGCGGUCGGUGGCAAAUCUGCGCCGACAUUUCGCAACUGCUCAAUCACGGGAAAAUUGAGCGGCGUUCGCUCGUACGCCCAAGCAACGCCGACGUUUAUCGAUUGCAACAUCACGCGCUCGGGAUUACAGGGCGUGCUCGCCAUGAAGGAAUCACGAGUCAUCAUGCACGGCUGCGCGGUGCAAAACAACGAAGAAGACGGCGUCGUCGUCAUGGAACAGUCCAACGUGGUGAUGAGCAAAUGCGUCGUACAAGACAACAAAGGCCCGGGCGUGGACGUUUCGAAUACGGCAAAGGUUGUCGUGAACGAUUGCGACAUCGACGCCAAUGUCGGCGGACUGUGGCUGUGGGACCAUUCGUGCGCGCACGUCGCCGCGUCCAGCGUGAACGGGGGCAAAUCUCACGCCGUGCUCGUCGACGUCAACGCUCGCGCGAAUUGUCGCAGAACCAAAAUCAUCGGCGUCGUGCACGCGUCGGAGACGGGCGCGCGGGGCGUUCGGGGCGAAGGCACCGUCGUCGAGACGUUGGAAACGCCCACGUCGCUUCCCCAAGAAGCCAAAGGCGCGUUCAAGCACGACCCGUGCGGCUUUUCACGAAAACAAUAA